GUCGUCGAUCAGCAGCGCCCUGCAGUCCACAACCAGUGUGCGCGACCCCUACUCAGCUGCUGUCGCCGAGGGGCCUGCAACGACGGCACCACAGGCACAGCAGUGAACGCCCUGCCUGCCUGCGUGCCUGCCCUCCUGUGUACCUGAUGAGGCAGCUGCUUGUGUCGAGCCCAUGAUAGCGUAGGUGUAGCUGUGCUCGCCCAGCGGGACGGCCACGGUGAGGCUCCACACGGGCUGGCCGGAGCAGGCCAUCGUCAGGGUCUUAUCGCCAAUCAACACUACAACUGAAUGAACGCAUCCACACACGCAAACAACACGCAUUCCUUUCCUCUUGUGUCACCUAUUCUCCCAUCCAGCAUUCACCUGCGUCGCCUUGCUUGAGCGGCGUCUGCUUGGCCACGUUGACAUUGAACGUCACGGGUGCGGUGAGCACGUGCUGCGAUGACGGCGACUGUGAGGACGCCAUUGUGCGACGGUUAGUACCUGAAGCAGAGCAGACACACAUCACCGCCGCGGUGGCUCCUUCAUAUAGGUGUGACCAAGGCAUAACUUACAAUGAAUUUCUCAAUCACCAAGGAGAAACUCCUCCUCCACAGCAACUCAUCCUCCCCUCAGCUCAGCGACUCCUCCUCCAAUCUGCGAGCUUGCGAGCUUAGUUUUCCUCCAUGAGUAGGAAUAUCCCUGAGUAGGUUCUUCUCUGCUGUUCUGUCCCAGUAACGUGUCCAGCGCUCUUGCGAAGGCAU